CUGAAGGAAAGUCACAAGCUCUUUGCACAGCGUUGUAUUUGGACAACCGACUUAUACAAAUGGGGGUGUUGUUAAGUUUGUUGUACAAAAAUGUAUGCGAACAAUAAGUAUAUAUUUAAUAACAGGCUUUGAAACUGUAACCAUUUUGCUGCAAGCCGUAAAAUGAGCACACAGGCGUCAACAUCUGGAUCCGUCAAUGAGGCGAGAGGCAGAAGAAGUGCUCAAGAUGUGGGACUCAAAACACACUUCAGAGUCUGUCGGUUUAUCAUCGAGACUGGAGUGAAGUUAGGCAUGAGAUCUGUGCCCAUGGCUACAGCAUGUGUGCUGUAUCACAGGUUCUUCCAGUCUGCCAGUCUACUGGUCUAUGAACCUUACCUAGUGGCCAUGUCUGCCAUCUACCUCGCAGGCAAAGUAGAAGAGCAGCAUCUCAGGACAAGAGAUAUCAUCAAUGUCUGUCACAGGUAUUUUCAUCCAGAGAGUGAACCGAUGGAAUUGGAUGGGAAGUUUUGGGAGUUGAGGGACAGUAUAGUACAAUGUGAGCUCCUUAUCCUUCGACAGCUUAACUUCCAAGUGUCCUUUGAGCAUCCACAUAAGUACGUGCUGCACUACCUGCUGUCUGUGAGGAGUCUUUUGAAUCGCCACGCCUGGUCUCGAACCCCCAUCGCAGAGACGGCCCUGGCUGUAUUAAAAGACAGUUACCAUGGCUCUGUUUGUGUCCGCCAUAAGCCUCAACACCUUGCCCUCACCUCCCUCUAUCUUGCUCUCCAGACAUAUGGAGUGCAGCUCCCCAGAGGAGAACUGGAGUGGUGGCAGGUUGUUUGUGCAGACAUCACCAAGGCUCAGAUUGAGACCAUCAUGAGUGAAUUACUGCAGCUCUAUGACAUGGAGGCCAAGUGUACCUGAGAGACAAAGAAUGAAGCGGCUACUAAAACACUGACGUGGAAACCAACACCUUCAGCCGUAUCUGUAUCUGACAAUCAUCUUAACGCAUGCAUUGAACCCUCGUUCUCCUGAUGUUGUCAUGUAACCUAAUGAGCUCUACUUGUUAAUUACAUUACAGAACAUGAAGGUUUAGAAAGGCUCAUCAAGAACGAUGAGAGGAAUUUAGAUACAGGAGCAGGCUUUGUAAGCGGCGCUAUGAAAACCAGACUUUAGCCACACCACAUCAAUCAUUUCCCAGCCACCGACCUACUUUCUUCUCCUACCUUGUGCUAUUUUUCCCCCUAAAGAGGGGGAGAGAAAUUACAAAAGAGAUGGAAUAGCUGGUUGAAGGAAGAAUGAACAAAAGAAGAGCCAUCCUGUCCCCAGAGCUAAAUUCCGAGGUAAACGCUAGAUCUGAGCCAUUUCUUUUAUAUUUUCUAAUUUAAUUACUCUCCUCCUCUCCCUACAGAACUUGUCCCGGUAGGCUUCUUUAUGUAACUCCUUAAAGCAGUAUUACUGUAUGCUGUAAAGCAAAGCACCACAGUUUUAUUAGACACCAGACUUUUCUUUCAAACUUCAAAAACAACACUUCACUGAUGUAAAAUUUUCAUAUUCUCUGCAAAAGAUGAACAUGAACUGACAGGUUCAAUCUAAGUCUAUAUUUAAAAAUGUAAUUACGAAUAAACAUUUUUUUGCACUAAUGAUUUUUGAAACAGAACCUGUAAAUAGUCUUUCUUUGUAGUUUUUUUUUUUUCUCCAUCUAUGAUGUUCUACUUGAAAUUUCUGGAUCUAGUUAGGUCAGGACAUCGCUCUAGAGUGGAUCUUAAUAAGUUACUAUGGCAACUGCUAUUGUGGAGGGAGCCUUUGAAACAUACAAAUGUGAGACUCCAUUAUAGCACACCUGUCAAGCUCAGCACAUCAAAUAAUUGCAGUUGGGGAAAUGUACUAAUUUAGUCAUUAUUUACCAAAUCAGUCAUUGCUAACAUGUUAACCAGCUGUUUCCCCUGUAGCUUACUGAAUUGUGUUGACCGGUGAAUGCAGCUGCUGUUUUAAGAGUUUUCUUUGGCAUCAGAUUUCAGUCAUCUAGAUCUUGAAGGAUUUAAAAUCAAUAUGAUUUAGAAAUAGUGUAUUUAAUCAUUCUUAGGAUAUUACAACUGUGGCUAUUUGUUUGCAUAACUUUAAUCAAAUUUAUUAUAUGGUUAAAUUUGUUAACAUUUUGUGUCAUGCACUAACGAUUUUAUUGCAUUUAUUCAUAUUGAUUAAUGUUAAUUUCUAGUACAUCAACUAACAUAUUUUUUAAUGUAUAAUAGAAUAUUAUAUAAUAGCAUAUUGAACAAACAAUAACAAGAGUUUUAACAUUUAACCUAAAUUAAUUAAUGCUGUAAAAAUUGUUUUUUUUUUUUAGUUCAUGAUACAUAAUGCAUUAAGAAAAAACUUACUGUCUGUAUUUACUAUUUUACCAUUCACUCUAUCGUUUAUUCAUCCAUCGAUGCAGAUGGAUGAAUUUCCUUUGUGGUAAGCAGUUUUAUGGAUUAUAUUGGAAAAAUAUCUGAACAUUCCUGCUUCUCUCUCUCUCUCUUGUCACACGCACACAGUUACGUACACACACACACACACACAUCUCUCAGCAGGCAGGCCCUAAUGCUGGGCAUCAUGAAUUAUGGAGAGGGUACAUGUGCAGCCGGAUUCUCUUCCAUCAAUAAAACAUCAGCAUGGCCCUCACUAUGGGAUAGAGUGCUGGGAAUAGGAAGGAUGGGAUUGAUUGUGACUCUAACCUUACUCUCUUUGCCAUCUCUCUUUUGGUUCUUUACUUUCAAUCUGUGUCCCCCAUUCCAAGAUUCUGUCCUGUGUAAAAGCAAGCCUCUUUGUUGCAUUCUUGGCUCUGUGCUUUUCUCUCAUGGUUCUCAUCUCAGUCUUUAAUCUAUUUCACUUUCCUGUCUUUCUCCUCACUGCCUCACAUUACAGAUUACUCCAAACUCUUUUUUCCUAUUCAAGGUUACUCUAUCAACAUUCCUCUUUUCCAUUUUCCUGUAAUGGUACUGGAUGAAGUAUGUUGUUUUUUUUUCUUCAUAAUUCUGGAGCUUUUUUAAAUAAACUCAAAACUGAUUUG